AUGAUUAUCAUCUUCUUCUUCAGCUUCAACAAAUGUACUGUUACUAAAGGACAUGGUCAUCGAUGCAGUGCGAAUCUUAAUACUACGAGGAAGGCAGUAUAUUUUCCCCUGCUGCCGAGUUUUAUCUUGUUUUCAUAUCGUUACAUCGCUGCUGCGCUGAACAUCUCUGCGGCUGCACGAAGAAAUUCUUUUCUCACAGGUUCCAGAUUCGUUGCCAUUGGUGGGACGUUUUCAGUCUUUGCACUGGACGCCUCUUGUGGGAGGGAGACAAUUUCAGUAAUCGUGGCCGAAGUUACAAAGGCGAUUAUAAGCGAACCACAUGACAUUGCAUUCCCUACCGUGACCAGAGAAAAACUUGAAGAAGUAGCGCGCGUCACGCAGGCCCGCUGGGAUUACCCAAGAGCCUGCGGUUUCAUGGACGGAAAACACAUUAGGAUCGAGAAACCGGAGCACUCUGGAAGUGCAUACUGGAACUAUAAAAACUUUUAUUCAAUCGUCUUACUCGCCGUUUGUGACCAUGAUUACCGCGUGCUACUUUACGAUGUGGGUUCCGCUGGUCGUGCAGGAGACGCAGCCGUCUAUCGAAGUUCAUGGAUAAAGCAGUUUUUGGACGCCAAUGAUCAAGUGUUUCCGCCCACGAAGGAUCUUGGACAAGUGGGACCUGUCCAGUACCACAUCCUCGUUGACGGAGGAUUCGGACAAAGUCUGCGAUUUGUGCGUCCUUACAGAGAUGCCGAAGCCGAUACCCCGGAGAAAAGGCGGUUCAAUGAAAAGCAUAGCAGCGCACGACGAAUGAUCGAGUCCACAUUCGGUAUAUUAGCCCGAAGGUUUCAAAUUUUAAUGCAUCCAAUGCAAGUGAUUCCGUCCACAGCAGGACGCAUAAUCAAGGCGCUGCUGGUAUUGCACAACCUUUUGCCAAGAAGACAAGACUUUUUGCAAGGUGUUCGUCGAUUUGCGCCAGACGAGAGCACACUACAUUCAGUUGAACGAACUAGGACCGGGAGUGCUGCUGCAGCUAAAGCGGCUAGAGAAAGAAUUACUUUGUACUAUACGCAGAAAUAUGGCCCAGCACGCGAAUGA